AUGAUCGGCGGCGGCGCGCUUCCAUUCGAGCGUCUUCGAGAUUCACUUUUUGUCGCAACCCAAACAACUCCUGCAACACCACCCGCUAUGCCCUUCGCGCAACUGGUAAUAGGUUCGCCCGGCGCGGGCAAGUCUACCUACUGCAAUGGUAUGCACCAGUUCACGUCCGCCAUCGGUCGCAAGUGCUCCGUCGUCAACCUCGACCCCGCCAACGAUCACACCUCAUACCCCGUUGCCCUCGAUGUGCGCGAUCUCGUGACUCUGGAGGAUAUUAUGGAGGCGGAAGAACUUGGUCCCAAUGGAGGCGUACUCUAUGCUCUGGAAGAGCUGGAGCACAACCUGGACUGGCUUGAGGCCGGCUUAAAGGAGCUCGGAGAUGAUUACAUACUUUUCGAUUGCCCUGGUCAAGUCGAGCUCUUCACGCAUCACUCCUCGCUACGCCAUAUCUUUUUGCGGUUAGAAAAGCUUGGGUACAGACUCGUAGUAGUACAACUCACAGACUCAUAUGUGAUUUCCCAACCCUCGCUAUAUAUCUCAGCUCUCCUCGUCGCCCUGCGUGGGAUGCUCCAGAUGGAUCUCCCACACAUCAACGUCCUCACUAAAAUCGACAACCUCCGCAACUACCCAGACUUACCCUUCAACCUCGAUUUCUACACUGAAGUUCAGGCAUUGGACUAUCUUCUACCACACUUGGAGGCUGAGCAAGGUUCCCGGUUUGGCAACAGAGGGGCACAGCCUCCAACAAGUGAGGAGGGAGAAGACAACGUGGACCUCACCAACCUUGAUGACGAGGACGACCCUCGGAGACCAAAAUCGAAGUUUUCGUCUCUGAACGCGGCUAUUUGCGAGAUGAUUGAAAACUUCGGCUUACUGUCAUUCCACACGUUGGCCGUUGAGGACAAACAGUCUAUGUUGAUGCUCCUGCGUGCAAUCGACCGCGCCGGUGGAUACGCAUUUGGCAGCAACGAGGGUGUCAAUGAGACUGUCUGGCAGAUUGCCAUGCGAGAAGGGGAGACUAUGAUGGAGCCGCGAGAUGUUCAAGAGCGUUGGCUCGACAGGAGAGAUGAGUUUGAUGAGAUGGAGAGGGAAGCUUGGAAAAAAGAAGCAGAGGCUGAAGCCGGCGGACCUCCUGGACCCACAAGUGUGAGGACAGCUGAGAACGGAGAGUCCGCGUCAUCUGCGCCAGGAACCAAGUCUUUUGAGGAUAUGGAUAUUGAGGAGAUGGAGGCGCUCGGCGGACAGGGUGCCGUUCCAGGCGGUGACAGCGGCAUCAAAGUCGUGCGUAGGGACUAG